CGCCGGCCGCGCGGGGUUGGGCUGGACCAUGGGACCCCGAGGCGUCCCGCCGCUGCUGCUGGUGCUCCUGGAUUGCUGGGCCUCUGUGAGCGCCCGGGCCGGGGCCACUCCGGCGGUGACGACGGAGGGCCCGAGCUCUACGGAAGCGGUCCCGAUGACUCCACGACCCUCCUUGUCGUCUGCGCCCCCGGGGGCCCCCGAGACUCCCAAACCUUCCUCCGGUCCCAGGCCCACCCCGGUCACGGACGUUGCUGCUCUGUGUGUCUGUGACUUGUCUCCAGCACAGUGUGAUGUCAACUGCUGUUGUGAUCCUGACUGCAGCGCCAGCGACUUCAGUGUCUUUUCUGCCUGCUCAGUUCCAGUUGUCACGGGUGACAGUCAGUUUUGUAGUCAAAAAGCAGCCACCUAUUCAUUGAAUUUUACAGCAAACCCACCUCAAAGGAUAUUUAAACUUGUUGACCAGAUCAAUCCAUCUAUUUUUUGCAUUCACAUUACAAACUAUAAACCUGCAUUAUCCUUUAUUAAUCCAGAAGUGCCUGAUGAAAACAGUUUUGAUAAGUUGAUAAAAGCAUCAGAUGGUUUUUCAUCAAAUGCAGAAGCAGAUGAUUCUUUCCCGAACAUACCGGACUCUCCAAAUGCUGCUAAAUAUGAGUACGGGGCACGUCUGCAGACAUCACAUUCAUUUUUGAGGUUUCCUUCUCCCCUAACGUCAUCUUUAUGCACUGAUGAUAACCCCGCAGCAUUUCUGUUGAACCAAGCUGUUAAGUGCACUAGAAGGAUACGUUUGGAGCAAUGUGAAGACAUUGACGCCCUGAGCAUGGCUUAUUAUAGCAGCCCUAAAAUUUUGAGGGUGCCUAAUUCAACAGCAGAGGUCCCUAUUGCUGUGCAGUCGGUUGUCGUUCAGUCUCUAAAUAAAACGCUCACCCGGCUGCAAGCCCCUGGGGUGCUGCACCAGGCUCUUGUGGAGGCCGGAGAUGAUAAAAUCUGCACAAACGUGGUUCUGGAGGCGAAGUACAGCCUCACAUACACAGCGGCGGGGGAGGUCGCGGCAGCAGGCCUCUCUCUCCUCCUGGGGGCAGUGAGCAGCGCGGCGCUCCCGCUUCAGCAGAAGUUUGAGAUUCAUUUUUUUCAACACAACACCACGCCAGCCCCUCUCAGCGGGAACCCGGGGUAUGUGCUGGGGCUCCCCUUAGUAGCUGGAUUUCGGCCUCACAAGGGGUCUGGGAUUAUUCAGACCACGAAUAGAUACGGACAACUUACUAUUCUUCGUAGCACAACUGAGCAAGACUGCUUAGCAGUGGAGGGGAUCCGGACCCCAGUAUUAUUUGGUUACGAUACGCAGUCUGGCUGUACACUAAGGCUGACCAGAGCUGUCACGUGCCGACUGGUAGAACAGAAGAUGAAAAGCCUGCUGAGGGGCCAGGGCUUCCCAGAUUACGUGGCCCCUUUUGGAAAUACCCGGGCUCAGGAUGUGCUGGACUGGGUGCCUGUCCACUUCGUCACCCAGACAUCCAACGUGAAGGGUUACUGCCAGCUCCCAGUGGCUUUGGUGAUAGAGGUGAAGUGGACUAAAUAUGGGUCCUUACUGAACCCACAGGCUAAGAUCGUGAACGUGACUGCGAAUCUGAUUUCAUCCUCAUUGCCUGAGACCGACUCAGGAAAGGAGAGGAUGGUUCUUAUUUCCACGGCGGUUACUUUUACGGAUGUGUCUGCGCCUGCGGAGCCCGGCUUCAGAGCUCGGCCGACCAUCAACGCCAAGCUGCCCUUUCACUUCUUCUUCCCGUUUGUUUGAGGAAUGCGCUGGCUCCUCAAUGCACAUGCAAAAUUUGCAAAUUACAGAUGAAAUGACAUUUUAUAUACAACUGGUAUCUGUCCAGUUUUCCUGUUUAUCUUCAAGCAAGAGUAAAAUGUUUAACAUGAGAAAAUAGAGUUUAUGAUACAUUUGUUACACGGCG